ACGUCUCCUCGAUGAGAUCUUGCUCCGAAAAGUUUUGGGCGACCGACUUAAUCCAAACACUAUCAUCUGCUUGCCUCUGAAAAGCCAGCUAGCACAGUAAAGUGGUUAUCGAAAUAUCAUUCUACGACGCUUUUCCUUCAAAUUCAGCUGAUUGUUUGCAAAUUCCGGUUGAUUGUUUAAAAUAUGUUGUGUUGUGUGGCAGCUGCUAGUGAGCUGAACAGCUGAAUCAAUCAAAUGAUUGCGUGUAUUGUUUCGAAAUAAUUUCCGGAUGCGCCACAGAAAUGGACAAUAAUUUAUUGAAAAAUGGUGCAGCGAGAUGUGCAAGGAGCAGUAAAGGUGGAUUAAACAACGCAUUUAGCUUGCGUAUAGAACAUAGGGAUUCUCUGAAAGGCUUCACCCACCACAAGGAAGAAAACAGCCUUUCUGCAACCCCAGAUAGGGAAAUUAAUAUGAUCGUUUGAUUGUGAAAGUGCUAUUGUUAAUUGGAUUUGUAAUACCAAUGUCGCAGUGUGUAUUUGUAGUAAUUUGUUUACCAUGAUGUGCUAUUGGUAGCCAGCAGAGUGUCGUGACAAAUGAGAUUGUUCUUAUAAUGCCCCUGGAGGAUCAAUGUAAAGAACUUGAAGGACCGAAAAGAGUAAUUAAUUCAAGAAAAAUAAUCUACGACUCGUAUCAGACAACAUAAUGGAAGAUGAUGCAGGAACCAAUGGCGGUUCGGAUCCAGAUAUGAAUUCAUCCUCUUCUUCCGGACGGGGAUUUAGACCAGAUAAUUUGCGAGACAUCCUGAACACAGCUAUGCAAUCAAAUGUUGAUUCGCCCGAAAUUACUGAUUUAGAUAUCGAGCCUCGUUUAUUUGCAACCGGAAGUAUGCAUGAUUACAUACCUUCUCUAGUUCUACCACGGGUACGGAAUGCUCCAAAUUUCUACGAUGCUAUUCCGUAUUUUCCACCAUCGGCAAAUCCCGAGACGGCGCGUACCAACUACGGGCUGUACGGGCCCACUAGCUAUGGUUAUUUUCCAUCUCAUCACCAUCACCACCAUCAUCAUCAUCAUCCGCCCCAUGUCCAACAACAAGCGAAUCGGUACUCACCAACGUUUCAUCAUGGAUCCACUAGUGCACGGCCAUCUCCAUUUUUCCCCCGUCAUUCAGUUAAUAAUGGUGAUCCGGUCGCUGAACACGGCACCGUUCCCAACACGGUCAUAAGGACGCGAUCCUACAUAAGACCCCCAAGAACCUCCGAAGAGAUCCCGUCUCAUUGGAAUUCAUAUAAUUUUCACCAAACGCCUCAUUAUGCAGGCGUAGGCAAUGGCGAUCGCGAUGUUCGUGUUGGAUUCAAUAGGAAGCGGCAUCAUAACUGUGAUAUAAACAGCAGGCCCAAAAAACCCAACCAACCAGAACGAUCUCAUUCCAAUCACCUACCCGUAGGGACGGUAAUCGUCAGACAAAUCAAAAGAGAGUCUCCGCCUAGUCGCUCACGAGCCCCCGUUAAAUGUGAACCUGUUGAAAUAAUCCAACCUCCAAGUGAACCAUGUCAGCUAUUACCCGUCAAGAAAGAGGAGAAAGUCGAAUCGAAAAACAAUGUAAAACAGGAAAAUCCAUGCUUGUGUACCUAUUGUACGCCAAACUGUUCGGUAGAUCAACAGAGUUGUACAGCCAACCACCAGAAUGUGAUUAAGAAGGAACCAAAAGUAGAAUGUGCCAAUCUUCUGAAGCAGGAACCUCAAAUUAAGAAAGAACAAAGCUGUAAGGUUGAAUCCAACGAAAGGAAAGAGGAGGUCAUUCCUCCGGAACCGGUUGUCCCAGAUGAACCAAUGCCUGGUCCGAGUGGUCUAAAUCGACAUCUGGUUGACCAGAUUCUUGAGCAGGGUGAAUCUAAAAACUCAAAUCGUCGAACGAGACGCUAUCAUCGGUACUCCUACGACGACUAUGACAGUGACGACUCUGAUGACGAAGAUUCGGACGAAGAAAUAGCAACGAGUGUUCGAAAUUCUCGUGAUAUUGAAGAUUUCAGCGAACUUGCUGGAGUGGAAGUGGAACCGAUAAAUACAACGGAUAUCAUUAGAGAAACUGAUACAGAUGGGCCAAUUUUGGAUGAUACAUUGAAUACGAGCCUACAGGUGAUAAACUCUUCUAGUGCAAGCAGCCUAGAGGAAAUAGCUAGUCAGAAUAACGGAGCUACCAGUACAGUGGAUAGCACUGGGGUAGUAACCGAUCAUGAGGAAGUGUCGAAUGAAAAUCAGCAAGAACCAGCCCCGCAGCGAACAAGCGACGUUCUUUCAGCGCCAGACUUGCAGUUGGAUUGGGUCACCGAUACGAGUAGUAUAAGUGACGAAAGUGAUGUAGUGCUGGUGGAUCAGGAAGGCGAGAAUGGGAGGGAUCCGAUCGACCUGACUAAUGAGUCUGACGAUGAUGGUGGUUUGGCGGCUGGUGAAACUGUUGAAGAUCAUCGUGAACAAGAUCAGAAUAGUCUCGGACGAUCGCCAUCAUUUCCACCCGAUCAGAAAACGCGUGGUUUGCCCAACAGGUGUUCAGGAUUCAUGGCGUACGGUGCAAAUGGCGGACGAACGUUGCCGGAACAUCUCACUCCUUCGCAACAGUCAAACCCAUUUUAUCGUAUCCGGCAGUAUCACACUUCCCAUUCACCUGUCCCGGCGCAAAGGCAUUUUCGAACAUUUACACACUACGGAGGCAGAGAAGGUGGAUACUCUCCUAGCGGUCGGCGUUGGUUUCCAAACGCGCGGCCACCUCGCCAAGAUACGGGCAUGAUGCGACCUACUCCACUGCAAUCGACGAACUACCCUGCGACGUGCCAAGCACAAGAUUUGCACCGUCCGACGGUGGAGGGUAGUACGACGGGAACAUCUCCCAAUAGUGGUGCGGUAGAUAAUGGAAGCAAUAGCAAUACUGGAAUUGUGAUAGAAAACACGAGUAGUGGUAGUUUUAGCCGGCAUCCUUUCAUACCGUACGCUCCUCUGGAUGACAUAAGUAACCAUGCAACUAACAUGAAUAAUAGGCAUGGAUUCCAGCGUAGUGAUAAUAACAACAGCAAUGAUCAAAGGUUUGGAUGUGGACAUACGUCACACGACAGUUCCACCGACUAUUCUAACAGGCUAGGUCCAAACAACAGAGAGUACGAUGGGGCACAUGGCCGACGCUUCAACGAUGACAACAAUCAAUACGAAUCUGGUAGACAAGCCCCUCCUCCACUGGGGAGCAAUCAUCCGGAACCACGUGGCUAUCGUAGCUUCAAUUACAUGAAUCGAUAUCUGCGCUCUGGAGGACGGCCACCAUACGCAGUCCACGAACAGCUAUGGAAUCGACAACAUAAUAUGCAGGAGGCGCAUCGUCGCAUGCUCGGUGAUGUUUUGAACAAUUCUAAUGAUCGAGUAUCUCCCAUUCACGCAGCGCUGAGAUCCAGAAAUAAUCUUAUCAAUUCAUCGUACAACAAUGCUGCUGGUCCUAACCCAUCGCAUUCCGGAGGGCCUGGCCCUAGUGGAUCCGGUGCCCGAGAAGAGCUUUUUGAUGAUAGCGGCACGUAUUGGGCGGAUCGUAACUUUAACCGCUACGGGCUCAACUACCAGCAGGAUUUGCGCGUGUUCAAUCAUCGUCCUAGGCGGGUUUCGUAUCACACUACUGUCUAUCCACCGAUGCGGCGUAACGAUCACCAACAUGUUCUUCACCACAUGUAUCAUCACUUCCAGCCGCAGGCAAUUUUGAACAAUGCACCUCAAGUUCAUUUCAGCAUUGGGCUUCGUCCAAGUUUGCUGUCCAGCUUGAACCGCUUUGUUCGCGUUAUCGAGGAUAGCUGUUCUAAUCGUGGAGCGACACAGGAAAUGAUUGAGCACAAUACCUUUCCCCACAAGUACAAACGGCUACGUCGAGCCAGCGAAACGGACGAAGAUAGCGAGAAGUGCACAAUAUGUCUAUCACAAUUCGAGGUCGACAACGACGUCAGGCGUCUCCCGUGUAUGCAUUUAUUCCACAAGGACUGUGUCGACCAGUGGUUGGUGACUAACAAGCACUGCCCCAUCUGCCGGGUCGAUAUCGAAGUGCACCUUACCAAAGACUACAACAUAUGACGACCGGACGGAGACGGCCAUCAUGGACAACCCACUCACCGAACGCGCGUUGGGUUUUAUGAUAGCGAAGGGCACCGCCGUCGCUACUAUCCGCAUCGCCAUGUUUUUCCUCCGGUGCAGCGUAAUAAUUAUGCCGAUUCGAAUUUAAUACCUUUGUCGCCGCGGCAUCGCAACGUUGCAUUCGGAGGCGAAAACGAAACAGUCUACUUUUAUCUUUAGGAGUCCGUGGGCUGUUAAGCGUGGUGACUCGGCGUUGCUACAAGCCCAAUAAAACUAGUAUUUGUAAUGUCUCUAUUUUUUUUGGAGUAGGUAUUAAUUUACUGAAAUGUCUAUUUGCAGAGGUCGUUCGUCUUUACUUAGGCUAAGCUAUAAAAAGUGUUUUGCUACGGCAAUGGAGCUAAUUUCGAUUUAUUUUGAUUUUGUGAUUUUCCAUUAUUGGAAUGUAGAAGUGAUAAUCAAAAU